AUGGAAAAAUUAAGAGAACGUUCAAUAUCAAGAGUAUCAAAUGAAUCAAGACGAAUACUAUGUGAAAAUUCUCAAAAUAAACUUUCACCAGAAUUUCAAAGUGUUUUAAGUCCAGACAGUAGAAAAUUUUUAGAAAAUCAGGGGAAAAUAUCUCCAGAAGUCACGAGAAGAAGAAGAAUUAUUUUCGGUCAGAAAUCAUUUGCUUUCGCUCACGAUGGAGAAUUAGUCGAAGUGGAUUCGACAAAAGAUCAGAAAUCUAAAAGCAAUACAUUAUCACCUAAUGAUCCUAAUGAAAAAACGCAGGAAACGGAUCCGGAAAAGUUGUUAAAACUCCGUAGGUGCAGUCUUCAAAAACAGAAAAAAGUCGAAGAAGAUUCGGAUGAAGAAGAAGAAGAACAAAACGUUGUCGACGCGUCGGAAAAUGAAGUUUUCGGUUCGGACUCGAAAAAUUGCUCAAGAAAAUCCAACAAUAAAAUACCGAGAAGAUUUUUAUCCUCUUCCAGUCUUAAAACUCUCGAAAUAGAAAGUAACAUUUCGAAAAUAAUGAGACGAGAAGUCGAAAUGGAAAUAAAAAGUUUGACGCAAAAAAUAAAACACAUAAGCGAUCGCGAUUUAGUUUCCGUUUUAACACAAGAAAAAAAUUUAUCACCAUGGAGAUAUAAAAUUGAUUUAACAAAGAGGGAAACUUUGGUAAAAAGUUAA